UUUUUCUCGCAGACAGGAAGUGUGAGCAGCAUUUUCCACCAUUCACCUCCAUCAUGGGACUGUCACUAAAAUAAUCACAGCAGCUCUCCGUACAGACUGCAUAUGUGUUCAAACAGCGCCCCUGAGUAGGCGGACUGUGUCGCUGUCACAGUUUGAUACGCCCUCGGUUCUUUAAAAUCGACUUCCUGUCCCCUCCUGCAUGCUGCUGCUGUGCUGUCUCUUUAACUGAAGGGGUCGCGGCCGAUCCUCCGCUAGCUCAUCAGGGUCCAUUCAUGAAUAAGACAUUUGGAGAGGCAAACUUGUGCUGUAUCUUGAUUUUUCGCUCAGCGGACCGGAUGCGAGGGGCAGGCAGCAGCCAGAUGUGUUCACCGCUGUCGGGGACACGACUGAGAGGGCAGGAGUGACUUCCCAUGGCCGAGCCCCCUGCUGAUGGUUUUGACUUCAUGUUGCGAGCCGUCAGGAGCAGCAGCCGGAGGAGGAGGAGGCAGCUCGUUCCAGCUCACAGUCAAAACAUGCUCGUUUCCUCGCAGAGUUUCGUGAUAUUUACGUGCUUCCGUCCAGACCGAGUCACUCUGGGUUAAAUAGCUCAUUGGUUCCGUCUUCCUUUUUUCCCCCCCCCCAUUCUUUUUUAUCUGCUUAUAAAUGAAAACACACCAGCGGAGCUGAGGACCUGACGUACCGAUGGGGCAGUGAGUUAUGGCAGCGAAGGAGGACCUGUACGCCAAAGUGACACCGCGAAGGCAGCGCCAGAACCGACCCAACACCAUCAAACAUGGCUCUACUUUGGACGUGCUGCUGUCCAUGGGCUUCCCCAGGACCAGGGCGUUGAAAGCUCUGGUUUCGACUGGAGGSAAAAACGUYCAGGCGGCUUGCGACUGGCUCUUCUCCCAUUUGGACGACCCUUUCCUGGACGACCACCUGCCCAGAGAGUAUGUGUUGUACCUGCGCCCCAGCGGACCUCUGCUCCAGCAGCUCACACACUUCUGGAAGCAGUCCCGCCUCACCUGCGGGAAGAACAAGGCCCACAACAUCUUCCCUCACAUCACCCUCUGCCAGUUCUUCAUGUGUGCUGAUGAGAAGGUAGAGGCUCUGACUGACGCCCUGCAGACCACUGUGGCCAAGUGGAAAGGUCGCAUCCCCAUGCCUCUGCCUCUGGAGCUCUACAUCUCCUCCAGCUUCAUUGGGCUUUUUGUGGAGGAGCAGAUGGCCGAGGUUCUGAAGAGUUUCGCUGCUGACUUUGCAACCGAGGCGACAUCUAAAGCAGAUGUCCACGUUGAGCCCCAUAAGAAGCAGCUCCAUGUCACCAUGGCGUACCACUUUAAUGCCAGCCAUCUUCCAGUUCUGGAGAAGUUGGCUAAAAGCAUAGAGGUGACCGCGGGCUGUGAUUGGCUGGCUGUGCUCCUCUCCAGGGAUAUUCGCUUUGCUAACCACGAGACGCUUCAAGUCAUGUACCCGUACGUGCCUCAGAACGACGACGAGCUGGAGCUGCUGCAGGGGGACUUCAUCUUCAUGUCUCCAGUGGAGCAGAGCACAGCUAGUGAGGGCUGGCUGUACGGCACUUCGCUGGGCACCGGGUUGUCCGGCCUGCUGCCCGAGAACUAUGUGAGCCGCGCCGACGAGUCAGACACGUGGGUUGUUCAUGGGUCUCACUCCUUUCUCAACUGUGCCUCUCCAUCUACCUCUGGUAGCCCCAUGGGAGGGCUUUUAUUUGAUGGACAGCUAAAUGACAGUCUGCUUGACAGUCUUAUGGAUCCUUCCAGCCUCACUGGCCUCCUUCCACCUAUGCAGGUAUCGAGGGCGACCGCUCACUCCUCCUCGCCCAAGAUGAGGCUGUUUGUGUGUCGCCAUGGCGAGAGGAUGGACGUGGUGUUCGGCAAACACUGGGUCACCCAGUGUUUUGAUUCCAAAGGUGGAUACAUUCGUUCUAAUCUGAACAUGCCGUGCAGCCUGCCAAGCAGGAGCGGAGGUCACCGGGACUAUGAAAAAGACUGUCCGAUCACUGUGUUUGGCUCCACACAGGCCCGUCUAGUAGGUGAAGCCCUGCUGGGAAGCCACACAACAGUAGACUUUGUUUACUGCUCUCCUUCCCUCCGCUGCAUCCAGACUGCUCAGCACAUCCUCCAAGGUARGAGCUCAUCCUCAUUCAACUCACCAGUAGACUGCACAGUCCUGAUUGUGGCCCAUGCUUCCUCCCUGGAGGCCUGCACUCGCCAAAUACAGGGCCUCAGCCCCCAAAACUCAAAGGACUUUGUCCAAGUUGUCCGAAAGAUUCCCUACUUGGGUUUUUGUGCUUGUGAAGAAUUGGGCGAGACAGGCGUGUGGCAGCUGGUCGACCCACCCAUCUUGCCUCUGACACAUGGACCCAAUCACAGUUUCAACUGGAGGGAAAUGCUAAUGCAAGACUGAAGGAUAUGCUGUUAGGCUCCCUUUCUUUUGUCAGCUUGAACUGCUGAAACAUUAUUUAUUUUUUUCCUUUUACAAUUCUAGAAUUCCAUCCAAACUACCGAAAGGACAAAGAGAAACACAGAGUGGCUUCCAAUAAAAGACAUUAUGCAAAAAAAAAUAAAAAAUAAAUAAAAUAUAUAUAUAAGCCAAUAAAUUGCAGCUAUUGUACUUAGAUGUGACGCUCAGGAAAGAGAAAACCCCAGUCUGUGCUGAGAUCACAGCAAAAGCAAGCUUCAGGUUGGAUGGCAUUUUUCUGCCUGUCUCUCUAUAUGGCACUUAUUUACUGAGAGUGUGGAGGUGCUACAGAAGAAAAUUGGACGCUUCCUGAGYGAUGCGAUGAAACAAGACUUUUACCCGGAGCUCUGUCUCUGUCUGCGGCCCCUCCUCCAGCAGAGGGGGAAGUGGGUGGUGAAGACUUUGUACUCUSCUGCCUUUUCACACACUGUGACACGCAUUAGUUGAGACACACUUGUUYCACAAAAAUAUUUUUCCACUUGUCAGAAGCUAUUAUUUAACUUGUAGCGACAUCCCCAUUGUAUAGAAGAAGCACAGAAGAAAAGGUCGACAAUCAGACAGGGGAGCACCGGUCUUAAUUGUUUUCGGUUGUUGAUGUCAGCUUUAAAAAAAAAUUCUAUUAUUGCUGUUCUGGUCCUAUAAAUUUCAUAUCAUUUCCUUCCACUGCUACACUCAUGACACCAUCUGAACAUUUGGCCCUCUAGUAAAGCCACUGCCCACACAUCUUAUCAGUUGAUGUGACAAAUUAAAUCUUUAAUAUUAAUUUGCAGGAUUAACUGCAUUGCUACUGAUAUGCAGGUGCCUCUACUAAAGUUACUGCUUGUUAUGUCAUGACCAUACCUGAAACUCUGUUAACCUCAUAGAAACUUUGCUUUUCAAACUCUUGGUGAUUCUUUGAUUUUAUUUUAUUUUAUUCCCCGUUACAUGAAAUAAUUUUAGUAUUCAUUGCUUAAUGCAUCUUUUGCUGUAUGAUUUGAAAUCUGUCACACUCUAUAAAUUAAUAAAAGACAGUUUUGGAGCUGUUA